UUUUCGUUGCAUCAAAAGCUAACUCUUAAAAUGAGCGUAAGCAAUGUGGAAGAAAAGGUCCCCGCUGUGGUAACUGAAGAACUUCCAUUCUUUGCCGAAAGCUACCCUGGAAAAUGCUGUUGUCUCUGCGGUCUCGGCGAAAGAAGUGGUCUCGGCCAAGGCAAUAUGCUGCAGUUGCAGUUAAAUGUGCACGAAGGCUUUGACUUUAACAGCUUACGCAAGGACUCAAAUGAGUCUAAACGUGACGGUAGUUCAACGGAUCAGAGCCCACAGCGCAAGCUUAAGUCUAGUUUGAAACAAAAAGCGUUAAGCACAGGAGAAAGCAACUAUGAAUUGGACAAAAUUGGAUAUUGUGAUGUUUUCGAUGUUUCUGUGUUUAUUGAUGAUGGUUGCGUUUACGUUCACCGGAUGUGUUUAAUGUGGGCGCUCCGAAAAUCUCAAGUUACGUCCGAAGCUGACUUUAUGCAUUUUGUUUCAAAUUUGAUUGAAUUCUUAGAACAAAAAUGUACCUUCUGUGGCCAAUACGGUGCGUCCGUUGCAUGCAAGAUGAAAUGCCACCAGGCCCACCAUUGGCCUUGUGCCGCAGCUGCUGGAUGCCUGCUUAUCAUGGAGAGCUUCACAGUUUUUUGCACCGAGCAUUUAAGUCAAGUGCCAUUGAUAUGCAAUGACAAUAACGUUGAGUGUUUAACAUGUUCCUCCUUGGGAGAUCUCUCCAAACUGAUCAUGUGUUGCACAUGCGGAGACCAUUUCCAUACCACAUGUAUUGGUCUGGCUAACUUACCAGAUACUCGGUCCGGAUGGAAUUGCGCGCGCUGCACCAAAUGUCAAAUUUGUAGGCAACAAGACGCAUCAGAAGUAGGCAGAUUUGUGAAAUGUGAGCAGUGCCAGAAAAUGUAUCAUACGACGUGCUUGCGACCCGUUUUACUAUCUAUUCCAAAAUAUGGCUGGAAAUGCAAUCGAUGUCGAGUUUGCACAGAUUGUGGAGCCAGAACCCCUGGAGGAGGUAGUUCCUCUCGUUGGCACAGCCAUUACACAAUUUGCGAUUCAUGCUAUCAGCAAAGAAACAAAGGUUUUUCUUGUCCGAUAUGUCAAAAGGCGUAUAGAGCAGCUGCUUAUAAGGAAAUGGUGAAAUGCAACUUCUGUCACAAGUUUGUGCAUAGCACAUGCGAUGAAGAAGCUGAUUUGGCUGCAUAUCACAAAAAGAAGGAAAAUAAUCCAGACUACGAUUACGUUUGUCCCAGUUGUAAAACCAAUCCAUCUAUCGAAUCCCAUCUAUGUGCUGGUGGUGAUUCAUCAUUAGGUGAAUCACAAACAUCCGAGAUUCCGAAUAUAAAAGUCGCUGAAAUAGAUCCUUUGGAUGGAAAACCAAGCAACGAAAUGUCUAGUGAGGAAGUGCAAAAGCAGCAAAACAACAGAAAAAAAGUUUGUCUCGGUAAUGCACGUGGCAAGGGAGCUAAAUUUAUGCUACAUCGCAUGGGAGUUAUGUCACAGUUGGGAAAAAAACGAAGUACGCGUGGAAAAGGGCGGCAACUGGUGCUUUCAAACAACUCAAGCGAUCGCUACUCCAAUCGUACUAUGGAUUCAGAUUUCACAAGUGAUAAAAAAAUGUUACUUUGCUCUGCCCGUGAUAAGUUUAUACUCACUCAGGAUAUUUGCGUUAUGUGCGGCUCAUUAGGCAUUGAGAGUGACGCCCAUUUAAUUACUUGCGCCCAAUGCGGGCAAUGCUAUCAUCCAUAUUGUGCUGGUGUGAAACCCUCAAAAGGAAUGCUACAGAAGGGCUGGCGCUGUCUUGAUUGCACUGUCUGUGAAGGGUGCGGAAAGAAGAACGAUGAGGCACGAUUGCUGCUGUGCGAUGAAUGCGAUAUUUCCUAUCAUAUAUAUUGUGUAAAUCCGCCUCUGGACACUGUGCCACAUGGUAACUGGAAGUGCUCCUAUUGUACUAUUUGCCAAAAGUGUGGUCGAAAUCUUUCCCAAAAAGGUGAAUGUACCGAUGCCAAUACAGCUGAAUGUCCAUCCUGCAUCAGUCAAUCAUUCUGCGCUGUUUGCGGAAAAGCCUACAACAAUGGCGAUACGAUUAUUCAAUGUGAACAAUGCCAGCAUUGGUCUCAUUUUUCGUGCGAUUCCGCUAACAUACAUCUCACUAUUAAUUACUAUGAAGAAAAUGAAUAUAAAUGCAUGAAAUGCCGCUGUCUUGGAAAGUCGCAACUACCGAGUAUGGAAGAAAAGAGCCGAAAUGAAGAACCAAGUGCUUCACAAAAGCAAUUAACACUGCCUGCUCAGGAAGGGAAAAAUUCAAGCGGAAACGACCGACACGAUCUAUUGGCAAAUAAUUUAAUAGAGAGUGCUGAAGCUAUUCAUUGGAUAGAUGGUGUAUGUUUAAGUGAAAAUGGACUUAACAUGAUCAAGUCCCUGUCAACGGAGAUUAAACGUAAAAGAAAAGUGCGACAGGCCGUCGGAAAUGCAAACCGGGAUCCGUUACUCGAUUCUACAUUACCUGAUGAGGCACCAUGCGAUAAAUACAAAGACGGAAUGAUUUGGGAUGGAACCGAAACUGUGUUGCCCGAAGGCUUUACUAUUUCCACAAACGAAGAAGGGGUAAAUAUUUUACGCAAGAAACGGCAACGAAAUCUUCAGAAAUUGGGUAUUGGCGGCUUUUCCGUUCGCAACCGAACGCUCAAGAGGGACAAUGAUGAAGCAGCUGACCAAUUAAAUCCAGUUUUAGCUAUGGAUAAAAAGAAAAAAACAAUACGUAAAAAGCAGAAAAACAAACUCAUAGAAGCCUAUCCAGCUUACCUACAAGAAGCCUUCUUUGGAAAGCCCUUGCUGGAAGGUGCGGAUGUCAUGACUUACGAGUCAGAUUCUUCAGAUGGAAUUGAUGCAACAAUGAAAACAUAUUUUACUCGUUUCGAAGAAAAAAAACCAGAAGAAGAUGCAGCUCAUGCCUCUAAGGAGCCGGCAAAGUUUUUAAAGAAAGCUAGAGCUGAAAAAGACAUUCCAGAAAAUAAAAAUAUGUUCUCCGAUCAAUUGCCUACGGUAUCGCAACAGAAGGGAAAUAAUGGCAUUGGGCCUACAAUGUUUGAUGCAAUUUCAUCAGAAACUCCACAUAUUGGAUCUGCAACUAAUCGAAACGUUUUAGAUAACUUGGCAUCAAACAAAUUCCUGGAUGGCACAAACCCUACAUCUAACUUUAUGGUCAAUGAUAAUAUAGAUAAGGCGCUUGGGGAACAAACUGUUGUCAUGAUGGAUAAUUUUAAUAUGCCUCCCCAAAUGCCGCAGGAAGCAAAGUUUGCUCAUAGCCAACUAUUUGUAUCAGACGCUACAAUGGCUGCAAACUCGUCACAACUGCAUUAUCAACAGGAUCAAGUGAAUAUGCAACAUAAGUUAAGUCCACAAGUUGUGUCAACACACGUUAAUAUGCAUAACGAAAAAAAGAACGACGAAGACAAUAGAGUUGUAGAGCCCGUCCCAGAAGCAAUGAAUGUUGGAACGCAGAAGACGGCAGAAAAAAUGCGCAAAGAUGAGGAUCUUGGUCUUAUGGCCACCAUUUCGGCUGUACUUUAUGCUAAUACUGAGCAUGCAAAUUUGAAAGAAAUGUAUCCAAACUGGAAUGAUCGGUGCAAGCAGAUUUUAAAAAAAUGGCGCUCCUUAUGCAAUGAGAAGAAGGCACCAUUUUUACAAAAAGCUAAAGAUAAUCGAUCGGCUCUUAGGCAGCGACGGGAGCAGAAUAAAAUAAGUUUACCGCCUAAACCUCAAAAGCAGGAAGACGUGGGAAACGCUUGGAAACAACAUCAAAUUAAAAUAAAGGAGGAGCAAUCAAAUAUGUUUGUUAACUACGGUGGCAUUCCAUAUGAUCCUGCUUGCUACAGCGGCCCGGCGGCUACACAUCCUACAAGCCAUGUGGGUGCAUCGGUUGGCGAAAAAUUCGUGGUUCAAUCCUCAGUCCAAAGGACAACAAUAAAUGCUGCUAGAGCGUCCCCUUUGAAAAUUACGACUACCGAAAAUAUUGUGGAAUCGAACCAGGCCUAUGGAUCAGCAGAAAUUGGUGAUAAGAAGCUUAGAAACUUGCUCCAAAAGCCCAAUACUGAGCCGAUGUUAUUGGGACCGAACUCAGAACUGUUCAUGUCAAAUGACGUCUUAAGACUUGGAUUGAUAUCAAAUCCAUCAUUAAACCAAAAUAAUCCCAUGCUAAGCACAAGUGGAGCGCCCCAACCGUCGGAGCUGAGACAGAAUAUACCCGAAUUGGAACAGGAUGUCAAAAUUCAGCCAGAUCUGAAAAUAACAGAGUCGCAAGAAGGCAUCUCCGCCUCGGUUGAGUUGGAGAAUGUUGGAUUUGGUGACAUAUUGGGUGGAUUGGGCGAAGGUGAUGAUGAUGACUUGCUUAAAUCACUAACUUCGGAAAUUGGCGAUGAUUUUAAUAUACUCGAAUAUGGCGACCCCGAACUAGACGUCAAUGUUCUAAACACUCUGGAUUUUGAAGAAAAUGAAAAAAGCUCUGCAUAAGAAGUUUAAACCAACCAUUUUUUUAAUCAUUGCAUACUUAAUUUAGACAUUAUUCUUUGAUAUAAUGCUUAAAUCCUUUUUUGAUAAAUUGUAUGGAUAAUGUAAGCUUGUCGGUACGAAGAUGUUUCCAAUUACUUGCCUAAAAGUAUAAAAGAGAAAACACAUUUUUAAUAUACAAUAAUUAUGAUAUAAAAUAACCAAUUGUGCACUA